GUGUGGCUUCUAUAAAAAGAACUGUAAACAAACAUGUAUUUUGUACUUUACGUAACACAGUUUUUAUUUAUAAAUCAGAACUUGUACUUAAAAAACUGUAAUAGAAGUUGAAGACAAAUAUCAAGGUGUGUAUAAUCUACGUAAACAAACUUACAUAAGGCAGGAGCAUAACAGCUUAGUCAAUAUAAUUAAGCAUACACAGAUUUACUCUCGAGUCUGAACGCGAAUUGUUUCAGCAAUACUUCUCCGAUCAACGAUUGAGGACGAUUUUCUUCCAAGUCUCCCUGUCACAUUAAUUAAGAUCAUAUUGCUGUUGGUCAUUCUGCAAAAUCCAUCAACAUGGUUUGGGUAUUAGAUGAACGAAACUUGGCUCUGUGCGCUAUCGUCACAGCUGGGAUGCAGUUUUCGUUCUUCCUUGUGGCGUGCUCAUGCAAGUUCGAUAAGGUCACAGACUUUGCGGGAGGAACCAACUUUGUGGUGCUAGCCCUGUUGACCUUUCUCAUGGCUCAGACAUGGGCUGCAAGACAGAUCAUGGUGACCACUUGUAUAAUCGUGUGGGGAGUGCGGCUCUCUGGCUACCUGCUCUACAGGAUUAUCAAGAUUGGGGAGGACAAGAGAUUUGACGACAAACGGGAUAGCUGUCUGGCAUUUGCUGGCUUUUGGACCUUUCAGGCCUUCUGGGUUUUCACAGUCAGUCUACCAGUGAUAAUUGUCAAUGCGGGAAUUAAUGCCGGGGUUCGCGACUAUUGGACGGCACAGGACAUAGUGGGACUGGUUCUGUUUAUCCUUGGACUUCUGUGUGAGGCCAUAUCUGACCAGUCCAAGUUCAUGUUUAGGAACGACCCUGCAAACAAAGGGAAAUGGUGUGACACAGGUCUAUGGAAGGUGUCCAGGCACCCAAACUACUUCGGCGAGAUCCUCCUGUGGGCCGGUAUCUUCAUCAUCAGCACCAGUGUGCUUUCGUACGGCGAGUGGGCCGUGGUACUCUCCCCUAUCUUCAUAUCCGCCAUUCUUCUCUUCCUCAGCGGUAUACCUCUACUGGAAAAGAAAGCCGAUGAGCGAUUCCGAAAGAACGAGCAGUAUAGAGAGUACAAGGCCCGCACCAGCGUGCUGAUACCCCUACCUCCACCUUGUUAUGGGUGCCUGCCCCGGGCCCUCAAGUGUUUGUUCUGUUGUGAGUUUCCACUUUAUGACCACUUGAAUGAGGAAACCGAGAAAAUCACGGUCACUAAAGACCUGGUUGCUAAAACCGAGGCUGAAACUGUAUGAAAUGUUCACUUGAAAUGCUUGGUUUGCAUGUUUCUGGAUAAGGAAAUGUUUUCUAUCAGUUAUUGUUAUGUCUAUUGGUAUGAUAUUCUUAAUUACGGUAUAAACAACAAACUACAAAUAAGUAACACACUGAGACGAGCUUAAGACGUUUUCUUGUCUUUUGUAUAUCAGUGUAGCUGUCGCCUGUGCGUGGCUAUGUUGAGUAUCAUUCAUGCAAUAUGGGUCUUUUAGUCUGGACAAGACUGUGAUGAACGAGAAAUACGUUAACAUGUGUUGUUUUAAAUAUAGAAAUGGCUAGAGUUGAAGAAUAACAUCAAUCCUGUGUUAACAUAGGCUAGGCAAAACAACUUAAAUGGCAUGUUGAUGGCGGUCUGCUGUUUUCACGUGUUACUUGAUAAAAUAAUUGUAUUUCUGUUCUGAUAAAUCUCACGACAUGUGACACUUUAUUGCUUCGAAUGUCUGCUUAUUGAUCAAAUGAGUGAAAUUUUGUUAAUAUUUGUGAUAUUCUUAACUACAUGUAUGUCAUGUGUGUAAAGUUCAAUAUACAUGGAUUCCAUGUUGACGUCAACAGUCUGUCUCAUUUGCAUUGUGUGCUUUGCACUGUAAACCGCUGAAUUAGAUUAUGUGCGGGUUGUCAUAUUUUGUGUUAUUGUCUAGUUUUCUACCCCUUUUUAAAAAAAGUCAUAAUAAAUAGCAUAUAUAUGGUUGGUAAUUUUGAUAUCAUAUAAAUAGCAGACUCUGAUAUCUGCUCGAACUUUUUUGUUCUCACUUGCCUUAAUAGUUGAAUUGGUGCCUAUGUGAUCAUUUAAUGUUUAUUGAUUCACGUUUGAACGUAUAUUUUAAGUGCUACAUGCGUGCCAUACUGUAGCUAUUUAACGGACCAUGACGAUACAAGUACGUGUUUUUGUCCUCUACCGGUUUCACUGGAGGGGACUUAUGGUUUGCGCUCUGUGCGUCUGUCUUUGAGUCAGUCUGUGAGUCUGUCUGUCACACUUUUCUGGAUCCUGCGAUAACUUUAAAAGUUCUUAAUAUUUUUUCAUGAAACUUGCAACAUGGAUAGAUUGCGAUGUGAACAUUAUGCACGUCAUUUUAUUUUGUUCCUACGUCAAAAAUUGUGGUUGCUAUGGAGACCCAAAAAAAAAAUCUGAAAAUGGUGCAAUUUCUGACAAUGGUGGAGCCGGUAGGGGACCAUAUUGCUUGACAAUAGCCUUGUUAUUACAUACCAAUUCACUUGCGGCAAUUAAAUGUUAGCCAAUAAAGAUUAUCAAUCAAAAAUUUGAUUUGAAUGGAAGCAUAUUCAGUUUUAAGUUGUAGUCCAUUAUGUGUAUAAAGAAAGUAUACUUAUUUGUAUUUAAAUGUAAGCAAUUCAUUUUAAAUUUACAUUUUUAUGUCCCCCACUAUAGUAGUGGGGGACAUAUUGUUUUUGCCCUGUCUGUUGGUCUGUCUGUUGGUCUGUUGGUCUGUUUGCGCCAACUUUAACAUUUUGCAAUAACUUUUGCUAUAUUGAAGAUAGCAACUUCAUAUUUGGCAUGCUUGUGUAUCUCAUGAAGCUGCACAUUUUGAGUGGUGAAAGGUCAAGGUCAAGGUCAUCCUUCAAGGUCAGAGGUCAAAUAUAUGUGGCCAAAAUCGCUCAUUUUAUGAAUACUUUUGCAAUAUUGAAGAUAGCAACUUGAUAUUUGGCAUGCAUGUGUAUCUCAUGGAGCUGCACAUUUUGAGUGGUGAAAGGUCAAGAUCAAGGUCAUCCUUCAAGGUCAGAGGUCAAAUAUAUAUGGCCCAAAUCGCUUAUUUUAUAAAUACUUUUGCAAUAUUGAAGAUAGCAACUUGAUAUUUGGCAUGCAUGUGCAUCUCAUGGAGCUGCACAUUUUGAGUGGUGAAAGGUCAAGGUCAUCCUUCAAGGUCAGAGGUCAAAUAUAUGUGGCCCAAAUCGCUUAUUUUAUUAAUACUUUUGCAAUAUUGAAGAUAGCAGCUUGAUAUUUGGCAUGCAUGUGUAUCUCAUGGAGCUGCACAUUUUGAUUGGUGAAAGGUCAAGGUCAUCCUUCACAAGGUCAAGGUCAUCCUACAAGGUCAAACAUCAUAUAGGGGGACAUUGUGUUUCACAAACACAUCUUGUUUAUUAUUUAAAGACUGCUUGCUGAACUGUAAACCAUCAUACUUUUAAACUCGUGAGUAAAUCUGAUUAGGAUGUGGGCAUUGUUCUGAACAAAACAACAAAUUUCUGUUUAAUACAAAACGUGGUCCCAUAUUUAUAUAUUGUUUUCUUUAAGAAAAUUUGUUUUCAAAGUAGCUAGCGCACACUCUUCCGGUGAUAAAACAUUGCAUGGUUCUUAGAUUUACUAUUAUUCGUACUCUUUUUUGUACUACCUCUUCUGUUAUAUAUACAUAACUAUUGAACGACUUGUAUAAAUAAAACGUUUCUAAAUAUA